GUAGUCACAAUCCAACCCUGGAAGCCGCCAAGACCACCUUAGGCUGAGGCAUCAAGGCACAGGCAAUCAAUGAUGAGGAACCAUUUCUGGGUGCAGUUUGACAACCUGUCGGAGGGGAUGCAUAGCUUUGUACAAAGAAGGCUGGAGGAGGAAUUCCCAAGUAAUCCUAUCAUAGAAUGGCUCCCAGCCAAUCCGGAUUUCCUGGCGCCUAAUCAUGAUGCAAGGGUGGCAUGUCUAGAGGUCAAGUCAGGGGCACCGCCAAAGUUCCCGGAGCAAUGGAUCUUCAAGAAAAGCGGUCAGAGAAUUAAAGUUUUUAUCUCCACCAAGACUAACCCAUUUUGCUUCAAAUGCAGGGGUAGAGGUCAUCUUGGAACCUCUUGUCCACAAGGAGGAUCAGGAGGAGCAGGGGGAAAGCGGGUUGCAUUGAGACAAACUAUGCUGCAGGAAUGCGAGAGUAAACCAGGUGUCUGGUACAUCAAUUCCGCUCAGUACAGGGGAUGGAUAUUUGAUGACAACCUGGAAAGCCCAAGGUGGGUGUGGGUGUUGAAAAAGGAUCCAACGGUAAAACCGGACAUCUAUCCACCCUAUGAUAGCAGGUGGAGACACACUGGAGCUAAGAGAAUGGAGGACAAAGAAACGGGUUUUAUUGUUAAACCCAUGUUGGAUGAUGCGAUCAUGCAAGAUGUCGAACAGAGAUUGAAACUCAUGGGAGAACUGCACGAGGUUGGAAAAAAUGCAGAAUUGGCUUUCUUGGAAAAUGCAGAGGCCAGAGCGCAGCAGCAGGUGCAGGCAAGAGGAGGGGAAGAGGGGUCAAAAGAAAUGGAGGAGGGUAAGGGAGACAACAUGGACUGUGAGGAAGGAGGAAGUAAAGGACCAGAGAGAGGGACUUCUUCCACAAAGAGGAAGGGAGAGUCAAGGGGGGAGGAUGGAUCUAAUACUMAAGAAAGAGGGCCGCAACAGGGGAAAAGGAGACAAAAGACCCAAUCAGGGGAGGGGGCUACUUCAGGGGAGGAUGAGGAGGGGAGUGGAACAAGUAAGGAAUCAUCAGGGAGUUCGGGGAAGGAGAGUGAGGCAGACACAAGCUCACAGGGGAAGGCCCCAAGAGGAAACAGGGCAGGGGAAGGGACAAACAUGGCAGGUGGGAGAGAGGAAGAUAUGACGGACAAGGAUCAUUCAGAGGGGCCCUCACAGCAGGAAGAGGACAAGAGUGGAUCCCAGGGAUCCCAGGGACAUGAUACGUCAGUGGAUGAAGAAAGGAUAAGAGAAAGGGCGAAAAGGAGGGGCAUGCAAAACGCGGAUAAUAUGACUGUGGAGCAGAUUGUACAGGCAGAGGAGGACCAGAGGGAGAGCGCAGCGGACACAGUAAGCGAAGCUUCAUCAGAGGAAGAAGAAGAAGAGGAAGAAGAUGAGCAGGAAGACACAGAUGUGGAUGAUUGGUCAAGGGAGCGAUGGAUAAAGGAGGUAGAGCAGCUGGAAUGGGGGAGGACGAUAGAGUGUGAAAUUAGACUGGCCCACCAUAAACACCUGAGGAACCUCCAACAAGCCACACAAGCAGGGGAGGAUAUCACAUCAGAGAACAGGUUUGAACUGCUAAGGAGGGAAGGAGAAAUCAACGAAUUAUAUCCAUCUCAGUACGCAAGUAAGACCCGCACAGUAAGGAAUGAGAUCCACAUAAAGCAGGAAGAAGAUGAGAGGAUAUUCCAAUGGCCAAAGACUUAUCACAACAAGGAAAGGAAGAAGGACAACAAGAAACGGAAGGCGCAAACGGUGGAGGAACAAAGCAGCGCAGCCGGUGGGGGAAAUGACUCAAUGGAGGAGGCAGCAAUGGAGGAGGAUCGGGAGAAGGGAGAGAGUGAAGAGGAAGAGGCCCAGAGGACCGUUCCAGAUACUAGAGUGGCCCAGUGUACAAGGGACCUGGCUGAGCUGGUCCUCCUGCAGGACAAGCUGACCGCCGGCCACUUAAACUGGGAUGAGAGGAUCCAGAGGCUGGAGACCAGAGUGGCGGAUCUGGGAACUCAGCAGUCAAAGAUCCCGGAUGCUAUCCAGAAUCUGACUGCUCAGUUAACAACAGCCAAUGUCAUCAGUCCCCUGGUCCCUGUGGUCCCCUCUCUGAAGCCCAAAAAGCCUUCUCAGUCCCCUUCUCCACCUCCUUCUCCACCUCCUAAGUCUCCUCAUUCUUCGCACAGAUCUUCUCCCUCUGUCUCCUCCCAGGCCAAAGCCACACCUCCUCCCACCUUUGCUGCUGUUGUUGCUGGGGACCACAGAGGUCCCAAGAUUCCGGCCCCCAACAAAUUCAAGGGGGAUGACCCCAAGAUUGAUGUUGGGGACUGGACAGCUGGAACCCGGGCCUAUCUGAAGGGGUUCCCGGAGCAGCAAAAGGUGGCCACUGUUGUGGGUCUGUUGGAGGGGCCUGCCCAGAAAUGGGCUACCUCUACAGCAAGUGCCCAGAAUCAGACUUUGGAGGACUGGGCCCUGGCACUGGGGGCUGACAAACUUUUGCAGGCCUUGGAAGAUCGGUUUGCAGCCAAAGAAAGAGUCCGCAAAGCUGCUGAUAAGAUAGUACACCUGGGCCAGCAGCGUUACAGCGGCAGUCUGCAGGCCCUGUUUGCUGAAUUUGAACAGCUGACUUCCACCCCUGUUUUGGUGAUGUCUGCAGAUGAUCUGUUGACUAACUUUUGCGGGGCUGUGCCUGAAAAGUUUUGUGUUGCGUUGUACAGCGCCGGUCACAAAGACUGGAGAUCAUUUGGACGUGCAGCACUGGACAUGGAAGCCAAGCUUCAUGUCCAGGCCCCCUCCAGUGACAGGAGGAGAGGCGCCUUCCCUCGCGGUGGUAGAAAGGGAAAGGCGGCCUUUGCAUAUGCGAGGUCUGGGUCAGCCUCUGACACAGGUUCCCAGCCUGCAAAGCAGAACAAGUCUGAUUUCAUCCUGCUUCGGCCCCUGAUCAACCAUCGCAGGAUCAAAGGGCUAUUAGACUGUGGAGCCACCCGCAACUUCAUGUCUCCCAGUGCAGUCCAAAAACUGCAUCUGGGCAUGAAAGUGGUGCAGCUCCAGCAACCGCUGCAGGUCCGCAUCGGGGACUCCGCUGUUCUGACCAUCAGGGAGAAGGUCAGGGGCAUCCCUGUUACCUUCGACAGCGCCGGAGAAGUCAGACAUAGUCUGAAUUUCUACAUUUUCCCUGACCUCCCCUUUGACCUUGUGUUCUCUAUGCAGUGGCUGAGAGCAGUCAACCCAAGGAUCGACUGGCAGAUCCCCAAGGUUGAACUGCCAAACAGCAAGGGGGUAUAUCAGCCUUGUAUGCUCGCAGCUGAUUACCACCCUCAGACAUCUUGCUUCUGCCUGAGAGCGAGAGAGUUCUAUACUCUCUCUCGCCAAUAUGAUCAUGAGCGUCUGUUCAUCGCCCUGGUCANGAUCCUUUCCAUGAUGUGGUACGCGGGGUCAAUUUGGACUCCCCCCAAGGCCACAUCGACCCAGCUUAGGAGAAAGGCAGCAGCCUUUUUGUGGACAGCGAAGCACAACACGGAGCAUUUCAUAACCAAGGUGGCAUGGAAAACGGUAACUAGAGCCAAGGGUCAAGGUGGCCUAGGCAUCCUAGACCCAAGUCUACAGCUGAAGGCUUUGCAAACAAAAUGGCUGGUCAAGCUAAUCUCACAGCCCAGGUUAUCUUGGACUUCAUUAGUAUUGGAAAGGAUCAGGCAGAUAGCAAUGUACAAAACACCCGGCAAUAUGACGGGUCUGUUCUGGAUCAUGUGUAGCAACUGGGCUAAAGUGGGCUAUAGGAAGGAGAACAGGGAUGCACAAGGUGGGAGGGCUAGAAAUCCCUCUUAUUGGCUACAACUAAUACAGCUGUGGAAGGAGGUAUUCCCAGCAAGGGUCAGAGAACCUACUACGAGGGAGGAGGUAUUAAGACAACCGAUUUUCUGCAAUAAUUGCAUUAGGGACGGCAACGGAAAACCUCUAACACUCACGAGCAAGGAUUCGAGAUGGGGCAGAUGGGUGGAGCAUGGGAUAUGGCAGAUCAAACAUAUUUGGGAUGAUGAGAACAAGCGGUGGAAAACAGCAGGUGAACUGAGGAGAGCAUUGAAGGGGUGCCACAAUCUUCAGGACAAUCUGAGAACAGUCACAGACUCCAUACACCCAACCUGGGUACUAUUGCUGAGAGAGGGAAAGCAAUGGCGAGAGGGGGAUUGGGCCACAUGGGAGGAGGAUCCGGAACCUAAUCAGGUCUUCAGGGUGUGGGGCACAGACAAAGAUAGGAAUGAAUGGCUAGUAGCUGAUAAAUACGACAUAAAACAGCCGAGCAGUACCACUUCCCAACUGGACAAGUCCUCCAAAGCACCAUUGUAUAUUCUCAAACAAGGGUUACAGAAGAUUGAGAUGGCAGAGGAGGACGUCCACAAGACGGCCUUCAAAACCAGGUAUGGUACUUAUGAGUACCUGGUGAUGCCAUUUGGACUCUGCAAUGCACCUGGUACAUUCCAGACUGAGAUGCACCGCAUAUUCAGGCCGUACCUGGAUAAGUUUAUGGUUGUCUACCUGGAUGAUAUCCUGGUAUUCAGCAAAACUACCAGGGAACAUGCGGAGCACCUGGCUCUAGUCCUUCAGUCGUUACGUGACAGCCAGUACAAGAUCAACAGGGAGAAAUCCUCUUUUGGAGUUCCCUCUGUUAUCUACCUGGGUCAUGUAAUCUCUGGAGAUGGUUUGGCCCCUGAAGCAGCCAAGGUUGCUGCUAUUCAGGAUUGGCCACAACCUCAGACAGUGAGAGGUGUCCGGUCAUUCUUGGGUCUGGCCUCCUACUACAUAAAGUUCGUCAGGAACUUUUCUGUUGUGGCUGCACCCCUGACUAACCUCACGAAGAAAGACACUCCCUUUCUUUGGUCCCUCCACUGUGAGAUGGCCUUUGCACGACUCAAACAGGCCUUGACUCGUGCACCUGUUCUGAAGUUGCCUGACCCCACUCUGCCAUUUGUUCUCACCACUGACGCCAGUCAGUAUGGCAUUGGGGCAAUCCUGCAGCAGGAUGAUGGUAAUGGUCUGAGACCUGUAGAGUUUAUGAGUAAGAAGAUCAAAACUCAGAAGCUUCAGGACUCUACCUACGAGAAAGAGCUUUAUGCUCUGGUCAGUGCCCUGAAACAUUGGAAACACUUUCUCCUGGGCAGACACUUCAAGAUCUUUUCUGAUCAUUCCACCCUGCAGUGGUUGAAGUCCCAGGGAGAGUUGAAUGAUAAACUGACACGCUACAUACAGUUCAUUGAUCUGUUUGACUUUGAACUGAAGCAUAAGAAGGGUUGCUACAACAAAGUAGCAGACGCCCUCUCUCGUAGGCCUGACUCUUUUGCGUUGAUCUCCUCUACUCACUCCUUUGGAGAGGAGGUCCGUCAGACCAUCGCUCGUUUGCUGCCUCAGGAUCCGACUUAUGGACCCACCGUCAGGAAUCUGCAAGCAGAUCCUAAUUCUGAACAUGGCUAUGCACUGAGUUCAGAUCUGUUGUACACUUACAGCAGAGGAGAGGAGCGCUUGUGCAUCCCUGAGGACCAGCAGCUGGGGACACUGCUGAUGUCAGAGUGCCACGAUGCGCGUGGACACUUUGGGUUCCUAAAGUCAUAUGCAGCCCUGUCGCAGCGCUUCUUCUGGAAGGAGAUGCGGAGUGAUAUGUUGCGCUAUGUGGACACCUGUGAGCUCUGCCAAAGGAACAAGGUUCAGCGUAAACCUCCUUUGUGAUUGCUCAAACCUUUGCCCAUACCUGAUGGUCCUGCCCAGUCUGUGUCUAUUGAUUUCACAGACUUAGGCAAGACUACCCCUC